GAAAGUAUAAAAGUGUGUGUGAGUGUGAGUGUUUGUGGUGCAGUGGCUCAGUGGUUCAGCGGUGCACUAGUGCAGUUCAACAGCCCCCGGGCGCUGAAAAGUGUUUUUGUUGUUGUCGGCUAGAACUGUAAGUGAAGCUAGUGCCGGGCUCCAGCAGCAGGAGCAGCAGCUUUCGGGUAAAAGCGUUCGCCUUGCCUCGUUCCCGGCUUCGUGUGCAUCUGUAUCUGUGUCUCUAUUUGUGUGUGUGUCGGUCUCUCUGCGUGUGUGUGUGUGUGUGUAUCCUGCAGCAGCCACCGCAGCUCUGCAGCAACGAAAAUUGUGUCAGCAUCAGCAGCAGCAGCCACAGCCACAGCAACGAAAGCAGCAGCUUCUGCAGCAGGCCGUCUGGCAGGCGCCUGGUGUUCGCCUUCGAUGUUCAGCAACCGGUGUCACCAGUUUCAUCAGUUGUCCACCUAAGGUGUUGAACAUGCGAUUGUGAUGAUGCCGGUUCGCAGGACGAUUGCAUCAAUAUAAUUGGCUAUCCACACCACGUGCAGCGAGCAGGAUUCGCAACGCCAAAUUGAACGCAACAACGCUUCCAGAACCAAGCCAAUAGUCAAAGCACUUCCAAGCACAGAGCCAAGCCACAGAUAACAGAUAUCGCCAUGUUAUCAAUACACAAAUCGAUCACAUCCAUUGCUAGCUUCGCAAUAUUCUUACUAGUCGUCUAUGUGGUCACAUACACGCUGCAGUCGACAGACGCACAGGAUAGCAAAGAAUUCUCCUCCUACGCUUUUCAGUUCAAUGAGUCGAUAGAUCUCUAUGGCAGUGAGACGAGACACAGUCGACAACUGCGGCAGAUCGAGCAAAUCGACGAAGAUGAUCCCGACUUGAUAGCGAAAAAAGAAGAAAAUGAGGAGACUACAAUGUGCUCGCCGGGUCUCGUGUUGCCCUUGUGGUUGCCCCAAAAGAAUCUAUCGAUGGGAGAUCGUUGCAUACGCGGCUUCGUUUACUUCAUGUUAAUGAUCUAUCUGUUUGUUGGCGUCUCCAUCAUUUCGGAUCGAUUCAUGGGUGCCAUUGAGGCGAUCACUUCCAUUGAGCGGACGGUUAUGCUCAGAGCACCCGACGGCACCAAGCAGCCAAUGCGUGUCCGCGUCUGGAACGAGACUGUGGCCAAUCUGACGCUCAUGGCCCUUGGGUCAAGUGCUCCCGAGAUUCUGCUCUCCGUAAUUGAGAUCUAUGCCAAAAACUUUGAGAGCGGCGAUCUGGGACCCGGCACAAUAGUCGGCUCGGCUGCCUACAAUCUAUUCAUCAUCAUUGCCCUCUGCAUGGUGCUCAUUCCCACUGGGGAGAAGCGUCGUAUUAAGCAUUUGCGUGUCUUCAUCGUGACGGCAGUCUUCUCGAUAUUCGCCUACAUUUGGCUCUGGGUGAUCUUGUCGGUCAUAUCGCCGGGCAUUAUUGAGGUCUGGGAGAGUCUUAUCACUCUAAUUAUGUUCCCAGUCACUGUACUCUGGGCUUACAUUGCCGAGCGGCGGCUGCUGCUCUACAGGUACAUGAACAAAAAGUAUUCCGUGAAUAAGCGAGGCGUUGUUGUUGCUGGCGAGCAUGACAAGGACGAGGCAGAUGCCGAACUUGGUAGACGCGCCUCAGCUAUAGUCGCGCAACGAGACAAUGCCUACGAGGAUGCCAGAAGGGAAUAUAUCACAUUGUUGGCGGAAUUGCGUCAGAAGCAUCCGCAUGCGGAUCUCGAGCAACUCGAAAUGAUGGCUCAAGAGCAAAUGAUCUCACGCGGCACCAAAUCGCGAGCGUUCUAUCGCAUUCAGGCCACACGCAAGCUGGUCGGCAGUGGGAAUCUUAUGCGCAAGAUUCAGGAACGUGCCCACAGCGAUCUGAACGAGGUGAAGGCGCAACUGCAUCGCAUAGACGAUGAUGAUGACGAUGAUGAGCCGACUCGCAUCUACUUCGAGCCAGGACACUACACAGUCAUGGAGAACUGUGGCGAAUUUGAAGUCCGCGUUGUCCGUCGAGGCGACAUCUCCACCUACUCCACGGUGGACUUUGAGACAGAGGAUGGCACAGCCUCCGCAGGCUCUGAUUAUGUGGGCAAGAAAGGUACACUCACCUUUCCUCCUGGCGUCGAUGAGCAGCGCUUUAAGAUCGAGAUCAUUGAUGACGAUAUCUUUGAGGAGGACGAAUGCUUCUACAUACGUCUUUUUAAUCCAUCCGAAUUUGUUUCUAUCUGUGUGCCACAAAUCGCAACUGUUAUGAUUCUGGAUGAUGAUCAUGCCGGCAUAUUUGCCUUCGCCGAGGCAAGCUACGAGAUCUGUGAAUCCGUUGGAGUGUACGAGGUUGUCGUUAUGCGUUAUUCGGGCGCCCGAGGAUCGGUCAUUGUUCCCUAUUGGACAGAGGAUAUUACAGCUAUCGAUGGCAAACACUAUGAAGGAGCCCAUGGAGAACUGCAUUUUACCAACAAUGUUACAGAGCAACAUAUAUCCAUCAAGAUCAUUGAGGAGAGCUGCUAUGAGAAGAAUGUCAAGUUCAUUGUGCACAUUGGGACACCGCAAUUGGCGCCAGAUUCCGCUCACUACCAUGACACUAAUAAGGAAUCAUUUUUCCAUCGAUUCUUUGAAAAUCACACUGGAGAUCAUACUCACGAUGAAAUGAUAGAACAAAUCCAGGAGUUGGAGAAGAAGCCAUACAAAAAUCUAACCGAAUUGGAGCGUGUUAUGCUGUUGAGCAAGCCCCGAGCCGGAGAAGUGACCUCCGUUGAGGUGCAAAUACGAGAGAGCCAGGAAUUCAAAGCUACUGUGGACAAACUCGUUGCCAAAGCAAAUACAUCGGCCGUGCUGGGCACCUCCUCCUGGAAGGAACAGUUCAAGGAUGCACUCACCGUUAUUCCAGCCGAUGAAAGUGAAGUUGAUGGCGAUGACGGUGCGGAGGAGGAAAUACCUCGUUGUGUGGACUACAUAAGUCAUUUCGUGUGUCUGUUCUGGAAGGUGCUGUUCGCAUUCGUGCCGCCCACAGAUAUAUGCGGCGGCUAUGUCACCUUCGUCGUAUCCAUAAGCGUUAUUGGUGUGAUUACCGCAGUUAUUGGCGAUGCUGCCACCUAUUUUGGCUGUGCACUCAACGUCAAGGACUCGGUUACUGCCAUUUGCUUUGUGGCACUUGGCACCAGUAUACCAGAUACAUUUGCCAGCAUCAUUGCGUCGAAGCAGGACGAUAGUGCCGAUAACUGCAUUGGCAACGUAACUGGCAGCAAUGCAGUCAAUGUAUUCCUUGGCAUUGGACUGGCGUGGUCCCUGGCCUCAAUCUAUCACAUGGCGCAUGGCACAACCUUCAAUGUGGAGCCGGGCACCAUUGGCUUCGCUGUGGCGCUUUUUUGCGCCGAGGCAAUGAUCGCCAUUUCCAUCAUGAUGUAUCGACGCACUAAGAAAUCAAUUGGAGCCGAACUUGGCGGACCUGUCGCAUCGAAAUGGACUCACGCAUCGAUUCUCUUCCUACUGUGGGUCCUGUAUUUGACUAUAAGCACACUGGAAGCGUACCACGUCAUCAAGAUCUAAGCAGUAAAAAGCAGCUCUAUAUAGUAAAGCGAUGCAUCGAGAUACGAGUACUUUCAUUCAUUUUUUCAUUUUUAAGAAUUUGUUUUGCAACGUAAUCAAAUAUUAUUAAUACGAGUGUCGUUCUCUGCAAAAAUGCAAAUGCAUAAUACGCAAUAUACUAUAUUUAUGUAGAUCUGUAUGUACUUAUGUGUAUGUGCGUGUGUAUUGUGUGUGCAAUUGCAAUUGCGAUUUAUACUAUAUUGAUAAUUAGUCAAAUUUAUGUUAAUAUUAAAAAUUGUAAUUUGUAACUAGAUUACUCGAGCUAUUUUAAAGAAUUGAUGUAAUUAAUAUGCUUAUUGUAAAUACAAAGGCUGCCCGGGCUCGGCAAACAAGCAACGUGAUCAUUAUUAUCAUAAUUACUCUAUUAUUAUCAUUAUUAUUAUUAUGAUUAUUACAAUUAUGUUUUACAUCUGAAUGUUCUAGAGAUGAAAUAUCAUUCUUUUGUCAUUAUUAUCAUUGUUGUUGUUUGUUAUAGCUGUACUUAAUAUUUAAAAGAAAAAAACAACAAAGCAUAUACUAUAUGAAAAUAUGUCAAAUUUACAUGUUAAAUUGAUAAAUUGUUAUGCAUAAUUUACGUUUAAAAUGUCUCUCCAUUAAUUAUCGCGAUCAGCCAUUGUUAAUUUAAUAGAUGUGUAAGAAAAUGAAAGAUCAAAAUUUUUAAAUAUAUAUUUACUGUACGAUUCGAAAAGUUAAUCCCCCUACCUAACAUAUAUUACAGCUACUACUUCUACUACUAUCUCUAGUCAAAAAAAUUGAAAACGAAAAAAAAACUAAAUAAAACUCUUUUAACAACUCUUAUAA